UGUACCGUGUUUUCUACGUCUUGAUCUCAAAAUAUUAUAUUGUUUAUCGCUACAUUUAAAGUGUAUAAAUAUUUAUUUUAUUCAAAUUGGAUAAUUUUCGUGAGGUUUAAAAACGUUACUAUUUUAUAUUGUAACAAUGGCGUUUGUUUAUCAAGGCGAUGCUGAUUUAGAAACAAAAGCGAAAAAAGCGGCGGAAAGAAUAUCGGAAAACAUGCAUAUUGUAGCAAACGAACCGUCCUUAGCUUUGUAUCGUCUACAGGAGCAUGUGAGGAAAGCCUUGCCUCCAAUGGUUGAACGAAGAGUGGAAGUGACCAAACUCCAACAUGAACUUCAGGGUCGAUGUUAUGAUGUGGAAUAUGCUUUGAGUGCUGUAAAAUCCAUGGACGCUGCUGCAACCAGCUUCCAGAACAUUCAAGAAAUGUUGAAGCAGGCUAUAUUUUUAAAACAACAGUUAAAAUAUGAGGAGACUAGAAGAAAUAAAAAAGUUACAAAUUCUGUGUACAAACGUCUCUCUGCUCAUAUUGUUCUUGAUCUGCCAGACUUAUCUGAUUUCUCUAUGGUUCGUGAGACAACCAAUAGAAUAGAGAAUAUGAUGGCUCAUGCUAGGGGGUCUAAUGCUGAGUUACAUAGGUCUCAUACUACAUUACAUUAGACUGAAUAGUGUGUUACCUAUAGUGGUCAUAUUUGGUAUGAUCUCUAUAUUUUAACAGUGUGAGUCAUUUAGUAAUGGAACAUUGGACUUAUUUGAAGUCAAGACUAGUCAGUUUUCUCGAAAAGUAAUGGAUAUAUUAUUUUCUUUUACUCAAUAACAAAUAACUUAUUAAACAA